CCAAAGUGGGGAUGGUAUCUUGUGACAUCGCCAUCACCGAGCCGAGCACGCAACGAUCAGCUGCCCAGAGCCCCCCUCCCUCCGCCGCCCUUCCCUAUAAAUACCCCCCGUUGAUCCUCCGCUGUAUCUUGCCCAUCAUCCGAUUACCCCCAAUAAACCAAACAACCCACCGCACUUGACAUGGCUCGCUCUCACUCCUUCAACUCCAUCCACUCCAUCCAGACGCACUCCUCCGCUGGGUCGCCUCCCACCAACUCUCCCAUUCCCAAGCAGGAAAUUUCCGACCGUCAAUUCGGUGCAAAGAGUGGUUUCAUCGACCAGGCUCCCAACAAGAUCAAGAAGGAAGGCGGCGGUCGAGGGAACUGGGUAUGUAUUUCCCUACUUCUACCAUGCCGUCCGUCGUUUAUGACUUGCGCGGGCAGGGUCGCGAUGAUGACUACACCCACCAAAUCCCCCCUUACCUUCGCCGCCGCUCUUCUUCCAACGUCCAGCGUCCCGAGCUCCAGGACGAGUUCAGGACCAAGUUCGAGGAGGUUGAGGACAUUCCCGAUGUCCCCGAGGAGAUGUGAAUCAUAGACCAUAGAACACCCGUUAAUGUACGAUAGGAGCAUAUGUGGCAUGGCAGGCAGGGCAGAAGGACGGUAGGACGUGGAGUAUUGGCUUUGCUUAAGGAACCCUGG